GUGUGUCCAUCCAUCUGUGGUAUGCACGGUGAACAUCGAAAUUAAACGAUAUAUAUAUAUUUAAAUAAAUAAGUAUAAAUAUUAAAUAAAAUUUAAAUAUAAAUAAAUAUAAAAUAUAUUUUAAAAAUAGAAUAAACACACCAAGUCCUCAAUAAAAUUUGAAUUUGAAAACCUAAAUUUUCAAUUUUAUAUAAAAUGUAAUGAUAAUUAUAGUUAUUAAAUAAUUUUAAAUUAUUGAUGUCAAGUGUGCCGUCGGUAAUAUUAUACGAAAAAUAAAUAAAUGGUUAAUCAAUGCCAUCGGUAAUUUACCGAGGGUUGUUCCCCUCGGUAAUUAUAUUAUAAUUGACCCGCUUUUUUUUGUCGUCGGUAAUUACCGAGGGCCGACUUGUCAUCGGUAAUUUCCUCAGUAUUUAGGAUGUUUUUUGUAGUGAUAAUGAAAAUUAAAAGUAUUACAUAGCAUAAUAAUUUUUAUUUAUUUUUUUACUUUGGAGGAGGGGGAGCGGUGGGUUUUGAAUCCUGGACCUCGUAGGCAGAAGUUUGCACCGUUUGGUGUUCCUUUGGAGACACACGAUAUAAAAAUUUUAACGAAGAGAUAAAAUAAAAUAUUUUAAAGUUUUCAUAACCUAUUCGUUUUAAAUUCAUUUUUGAUGAUUUUUAUACCAUAUUAAAUAUUUUAUCACAAAUUUAUAUUUAAAAUGCAUAUUAAUAUUUAUUCAUAUCAAAUUUGACGAUGUUUAUAAAAGAAUUAAAUUAUACAAAAAUAGAGAUAUAAAUAAUGAAAAAAAUUAAUGGGAGAAGAGAGAUAAAAAAGGGGGAAAGAUGGAGGGAAAAAAAAUUUCUGAGUAUAUUAUAUAGGUGUUCGAAACUCUAAAUAAAGAUGAAACUUGAUAAAAAUGACUAAAGUUGUGUUAUUUAUUCUAUAAAAAUAUAGAAUUUCAAAAAUCAAAUAAUUAUAUCCAUAUAUUUAAUAUUUUUGAAUGCAAUAAAUUGUGAAAAGGACAGAGAUACUUCCCAACCGCAAAGCAAAGUUCCCGCAAUAUUUUAUACUCUGAUUACAAUAUUUUUAAUUUGACAGCGGACACUGAAUAUAGUCGCGGUUUGAAAUUACCCAAAUAUACAUAUAUAUUCACGUAAAAAAGCAUAUCAAUUAAUUUAUAAAUGAAUCAAACUUGAAACCUAUCAGAAGUAGAAUUUGAUACACAAUAAAUCUCUAAUUGGUUUAUCCACACUAUAUAUAACGUAUCUAGUUGAUUGAGUAGAUAUCUUCGUUUUGAGGCUUGUAUUUCAUCAUGGAUCAUCAAGAAACAGAGUCUCAAGAUCAACAAAUUCCGGCAGCUGUUCCAGGGAGGAACAGGUAUCCGCCGGGGUUUCGUUUCCUGCCGACGGACAAGCAGCUGAUUGUGGAAUACUUGCAGAAGAAAAUCGACAACAAGCCUAUCCCCGUUCAAAUUAACGAAACUUUUAUCAAACAUGUCAAUCCUAGGGACUUAACAGCGAACAAUCCAAAACUGGGAGAUAACGAAUGGUAUUUCUUCACGCCGAGGGAUUGGAAGUAUUCAAACGGAGAGCGGCCGGAUGGAGCUGCGGACACGGGUUAUUGGAAGGCUACCGGUGCUGAUAAACCGGUGAUUGUUGGAGCUGUAAUCUUGGGAUUCAGAAGGACAUUGGAGUUUUAUGAAGGAAAACCUCCCAAUGGUCAGAAGACUGUCUGGAAAAUACAUGAAUUUAGGGUUAAUGGAGUUGCACGCAACAAGACGAGUGCAGAUGACAUGAGGUUGGAUGAUUGGGUUCUAUGUCGUGUGUAUGCGAAAUCUUCGAGGGUGGCAAAUAAUAGGAAGAGUCCUGUGCAAGCGAGUAGGCAGGGCCGGCCCUGAGGGCGGGCGGGCAUGGGCGACGGCCCAGGGCCCCAAAAAAUUGAGGGCCCAAUUUUUUUAAUAUAUCUCAUUAAUUAUAGGUUUCAUGUAUACUAAACAAUAUUAGAUAACAUAAUUUAUUGUCAAAAAUUCAAAAUUCAAUUUAAAAUCAAUUUCAAAUUAAU